AUGGGUGUCAAGAAUCGCAGAAAGAGACAAGAGUCUUCUCCCGAAUCUGUAACAGAUAAAGGUCAAGAAAAACGCCACGGCGCGGCGGCGUCUCAUCGACACGUUCACAAAAAGAGCAAGAAAUCUAGCCAAGAAAGUAAGAAAACAUGGAGGGAAUCACGAAGAAUAGUGUUCAGUUUGGGUGCCAUCUUGGGGCUACUCAUUGCGGUCUACGCGGGAGCUUACGGAGGGAAGACAAAUAAUACCCUAUUUGAUAACUUUGUAAACUUUGAUUCGCUUCAGGACUACGUUGAUGAUUGGAAGGAAAUAUUGCCGCAGGGCCUUAUGUCGCUUAUUUCUGACGCCCAGCGCACGACGUCUCCCAAGGACCUCACUGAGAGCUUCGCCGUUGGCAAACAGCUUCACAAAGACAUGAAUCUCACAGACAAGCACCCAGUUAUCAUGGUGCCUGGUGUGAUAUCUACCGGGAUCGAAAGCUGGGGUCUAUACGGAGACGAGGAGUGUUCGAGCGAAGCUCACUUCCGCAAGCGGCUGUGGGGAUCUUUUUACAUGCUGAAAACCAUGGUGCUAGACAAAGUUUGCUGGCUGCGGCACGUCAUGUUGGACCCUGAAACAGGGCUGGAUCCGGCCAAUUUUACGCUUCGAGCGGCUCAGGGGUUUGAGGCUGCAGAUUUCUUUAUGGCGGGGUACUGGAUUUGGAAUAAAGUACUGCAAAACCUGGGGGCCAUCGGAUACGAUCCCAAUAAGAUGGCUACGGCGGCCUACGAUUGGAGGCUGGCUUAUUUAGACCUAGAGCGCCGCGAUAGCUAUUUCUCAAAACUGAAGCAGAAGAUUGAGAUGGAUUACAAGCUCACUGGCGAGAAGACCGUGCUAGUAGGCCACUCCAUGGGAUCGCAAGUCGUGUUCUAUUUCCUGAAGUGGGUUGAGGCCGAAGGACCUCUCUACGGCAAUGGUGGAGUUGGGUGGGUUGAAAAGUAUGUGGACUCGUUUGUUAACGUAGCUGGUACGCUGCUGGGGGCCCCUAAGACAGUCCCGGCUCUGAUAAGCGGCGAAAUGAAAGACACAAUCCAGCUGAAUGCCUUGGCCAUGUACGGUUUGGAGAAAUUCUUCAGCAGAAAAGAGCGGGUCGACAUGAUACAAACAUGGGGCGGCGUCCCUUCAAUGCUCCCCAAGGGCGGUUCCAUGAUCUGGGGCACUAACGAGGUGUCCGUCGAAGACAACACGCACAACAACUCUCACUCGUUCGGUGAGUUCAUACGGUUUGAGCGUGAGUCGCAAAGUGUCUUCUCGCAGCGCAGUUUUUCAAUGGAUGACUCCAUUGACCUGCUGCUGCGGCUCUCGCCAACCUGGUUGCAGAAACGCAUUAAAGACCAGUACUCCUUUGGUGUGGCAACAUCAGAGAAGCAGAUGCGCGAAAACGAACUCCAUCACACUUACUGGUCCAACCCUCUUGAGGUACCGCUGCCGGACGCGCCUAGCUUGAAGAUUUACUGCAUUUACGGCGUGGGCAACCCGACAGAGCGUGCCUACGUCUACAAAGAAGACCCGGAACACCCGGACCUUAACAUCACCAUCGACUACGAAAGCAGUAACCCCGUCUCCUUCACGGACGGCGACGGAACCGUGCCCGUGGUGACUCACGCAAUGUGCCAAAAGUGGGCUCAGGGUCGUAGUCCCUACAACCCAAGCAACGCCUCCGUCAAAAUCAUAGAAAUUAAGCACCAGCCCGAGCGCUUCGAUAUUCGCGGCGGCGCCAAAAGUGCAGAGCACGUCGACAUCCUAGGUAGCGCAGAACUAAACGAAUAUGUGCUGAAAAUCGCUGGCGGAAAAGGAGAUUCUAUAGAGCCGCGCGAGCUAACUAACCUGAGUCAAUGGGUUCGCGAUAUGCCAUUUCCUAUGUAA